UUUUCUAUCCAUAUGAAGGAUAAUGAGUGAAACUUAAUGACCUUUAUCUUUAAAGUGUGAAUGUAAAGUUCACUUAAAGUUUUCCGUUAAAACGUGAACUUGUUUACUUGUUAUUUUUCUUUUUAUUAGGGUGUGUUUCGUUUUGUGUUCUGGACUCGCCGCUUGCCUCCUCUUUACGGGCGCGGUGUGUUCGGACGUCCCGUCGGUGUAACCCGCACUACAAAACAAGCCUCUCUCUGCGGAUGGGCGUGUCUGAGCGCAGACUCCUCGGCUCUCAUUGGUUGAGGGGAAACGGGGGUCCAUGACUGUGAUUGGCUGAAGGGUAACGGGGGUCCGUGUGAACCCGGAAGAGGGAGGGGGGCUGCGGUCAGAGAGCCUCCGCGGGCUAGUCCGCUAGCUUUAAGCGUAGCGUCGUCCCUCUCCGCCUCGUCGUCCUCUCUCCGUGCCCCGGUCCGGACUCCUCCUGCCCUCCUGCCCUCCUGCCCUCCUGCCCUCCUGCCCCGCUCCAAGAUGAUGAAGUUCAGGUUCCGUCGGCAGGGAGCGGACCCGCAGAGAGAGAAGACCAAGCAGGAGCUGUUCGCUUUCAACAAGGUAAAAGUAACGGGACGAGAGGAGGCUGGAGGCGGGGAGGGAGGCUCCGCUGCUCCUCUCUCCUCUCCUCCUCCUCCCCCUCCUCCCCGUUCACUCCAAACUACGGGUUUGUCUUUAUGCACCAGAUCGAUUCAGAUACGACGUCCUCUCAGAUAUGGAGCUCCUGGUGUGGAGUUCACAGGACGACACCGAGACCCCACGGCUGUCACUCAGAUCCACUUCCUGCCUGGACAGGGGCGUCUGCUGUCCCUGCUGGAUGACAACACCAUCCACCUGUGGGAACUGGUGGCCACGCCUUCCAGGGAGGUGGGCGGGGCCAGGAAAGAGGACGUGGUCUCGCUGCAGGAGGCGGAGACCUACAGCCUCCCAGGGAGGCCCGGCAUCGAGAGCUGCAGCGCCUCCCGGGUCACUGUCCUCCUCCUGAUGAGGUCAUGUGACCUCCUGUGCGUGGGGACAGAAGGGGGAGGAGUCUACUUCCUGGAGAUGCCCCGCCUCUUGUUGAAGGACGACCACACGCUGCUCCAGGAUCAGAUCACACAGAGUCUUCCAGAUGAGUACAGGUGUGGGAAGUCUCUGGGGCCGGUGGAGGCUCUGCAGGAACAUCCUCAGCAGCCAGGGAGGGUUCUGAUUGGCUACAGCCGAGGUCUGGUGGUUCUCUGGGACCUGAAGCACCGGCGAGCUGAACAGAUGUUCCUGGGGAAGCAGCAGCUGGAGAGCCUGGUCUGGGAACGAUCUGGGAACCUUUUUGUCUGUUCCCAUAGUGACGGCGGCUACUCGGUGUGGACGGUUACCAAUGGCAACACCUACAACCACCAGGCGGCGUCCUCCACAAUCCCCUACGGUGAGAACUGUCUGAGGAGGGUUCUUGAGACUGGUACAGAGAUGACGAUGGCUCCGGUGCUGCUGUACAGUGGAGGGAUGCCCAGAGCCAGCUAUGGCGACCGCCACUGUCUGACCAUCCAACAGGACAAGGAGCACGUUACCCUGGACUUCACCUCCAGAGUCAUCGACUUCUUCACCAUCCACAGCAUCAACACAGAGACAGAGUUCGAUGAGCCGUCUGCGGUGGUGGUGCUGCUGGAGGAGGAGCUGGUGGUGGUGGACCUGCUGACCCCCGGCUGGCCCACGAUGCCCACUCCUUACCUGGCUCCUCUCCACUCCUCAGCCAUCACCUGCUCCUGCCACAUCUCCAGCGUCCCCUCAAAGCUCUGGGAGAGGCUGGUCCAGGCCGGCAGAGCCCAGCAGGGCGGCCAGACCACCACCAGGAGUUGGCCGAUAUGUGGAGGAAGGAAUCUGGCUGCUCCACCCAAACUACAAGAGCUGCUGCUGACGGGACAUGAGGACGGGACGGUGCGUUUCUGGGACGCGUCCGGUGUCGCCCUGACUCCCGUCUACAAACUCAGCACAGCCAACGUCUUCCACACCGACUGUGACCCUAGCGACGACCCCCGGGACCCUAGCGACGACCCCGACCUGCAGCAGGAGGACGAAUGGCCUCCCUUCAGGAAGGUUGGCUGCUUCGACCCGUACAGCGACGACCCCAGACUCGGGAUCCAGAAGAUCAGUCUGUGCAAAUACAGCAACAAGCUGGUGGUGUCUGGGACCGCGGGGCAGGUGCUGGUUCUGGGUCUGAGUGACGAGCGUUCGGACCACCUGGUGGACGUGUCGGUGGUGGAUCUGCUGCAGGACAGGUUCUGGAGGGUCCUUCGACGGCUGGAGGGUCCCGGUCUAGCCGGUCUGGUGCUCCCGGCCUCAGUACCUGCUGGGUCCUGUCCCUGGGUCUGCCGCCCCGGCUUCCUAGCCCCUGGUCUGGCCUGGUCUACAUGUGGUCUGGUCCUCCGGCCUCCGUCACCCUGGCACCUGCAGCCAGUGGACCUGAUCGGUCCUGUCUGGACCAGCCACGGCUCGACUGGACUAUCCGGUCAAAUCCUGAAGAAACGUCUGUUGGACGUCACCCUGCACCCCAACGACUCGCUGGCCAUGGAGGGGCCUCUGUCCAGAGUCAAGUCCCUGAAGAAGUCUCUGAGACAGAGUUUCAGACGGAUCCGCAAGAGCCGAGUAUCUGGGAAGAAACGGGCCGUCAGUACCCCCACCAGCAAGGUCCAGGAGGCCAACGCUGCUCUGGCCGAGCAGGAGGACGUGGCCCCGGUACAGAGGAGGAUCGAACCUCGUUCUGCAGACGACUCUUUGUCCGGAGUCGUCCGGUGUCUCUGCUUCGCCGACACCUUCCUGAGAGACGGUUCUCACCACGGCCCCACGCUCUGGGCCGGGACCAACUCCGGCAGCGUGUACGCCUACGCCCUGGAGGUGCCCGGCGUGGGGGGCGGAGCCAGCGACGGCGGGCUGAGCGUGGAGGCGGUCCUGGGUAAAGAGAUCCAGCUGAUGCACCGAGCUCCCGUGGUGUCCAUCUGUGUCCUGGACGGUCGUGGGAAACCGCUGCCGGAGCCGUACGAGGCGUCCCAGGACCUCGCCAUCGCUGCAGAUAUGAGCAGCGCCCACUCGGUCCUCAUCGCCUCCGAGGAGCAGCUGAAGGUGUUCUCUCUGCCCAAGGUGAGUGCGAGGACCAAGUUCAAGCUGACGGCUCAUGAGGGCUGCCGGGUCAGGAAGGUUUCUCUGGUGGAGUUCAGAUCCAGCUCCCAGGAGGACUACAGCGAGAACACCCUGGUCUGCCUCACCAACCUGGGGGACAUGCACCUCUUCAACAUACCUGGCCUCAGGCCUCAGGUCCGGUACGACUGCAUCCGCAAAGAGGACAUCAGUGGGAUCGCCUCCUGUGUCUUCACCAGGAGUGGACAAGGGUUCUAUCUGGUCUCUCCUUCCGAGUAUCAGAGGUUCUCUCUUUCUGCCAAAGUCCUGACGGAACCGGUCUGCUUCAUUCAGCUGGACCGCCCCCUGGAGGCCGCCCCUGUCAGCUCCACCACGAAGACCACGAGACACACCAACGGUACACACCAGAACCAGGCCCAGGGUCAAACUGAGGACCCCCCCAGCCUCCUGUCCUCCCCCCUGGACUCCCCCCCCAGCCUCCUGUCCUCCCCCCUGGACUCCCCCCUCAGCUGUGUGGACCUCACCCUGGACUCGACUGGAGAACUGACCAUGGAGGACGUCAGAGACUUCCUCACGACGGUGGAUGAGGCUGAAAACAACCUGAAGAACAUCAAGGAGGAGGACGGACGCUCCACGGGACUCCUCAUCAACUGAACAGUUCUUGAGGCGGUGGCUCGUGUUCCUGAUGGACUGAUUUCAGUGCUGGACCACAAACAUCUCCCAUCAGCCCACGGUGGAGCCUCAGCCGGGGACUUCACAAACUGUGAACUACUUCCUCUUCUUCUUCUUCCUUUUCUUCUGUAACCACUCCCUCUGGUUCUGGAGGUUCUAGAGGAGGUUUUGGAGACGGUUCUGAGGACAGUUCUGGAGGUUCUGACUCUGUGGCGGUUCCUCCUCGGACAUGAUGGAGGACAGAGACGUUUUAUAGGACUCCGGGUGGAGGAGAUCAGACUCCAGUGAAGUGAUGAAGGUGAUGAAGGUGAUGAAGGUGAUGAAAGGAACCCUGUGUCUCCUUCAGGACUCAGGGACGUGUCUUUGGAGUGGAGGAUUCUGGGUAAUACUAGUACUUUUAACACUUUUAAGAACUAACGUAGCGGCACAGGUAGGAACCAUGUGACCAGAGACGUGAGUUUGUUUGUUUGUGUGUAGGAGGAGGAGGAGGAGGAGGAUGUGACUCUGGGCUAAAUGUUAAUAAAAUGAUUUACUCUCA